UGUAUCAGUUUAGUACUUUAAAUGAUAAAGAGCGGAGUUGACGACCUUUCAUUCUUUACAAUAUAUUUCCAAUUGUUUUCGUGAAUAAAUGCAUUUGUGUAUUUCUUCCGUGUAACAGUUUAAACUUUGCUAUAGUGAAAAAAAAACAUUGUUGGCAAUGAAUGGAUAGGUAUUCCCUAGGUCAGUUAUAACAAUCUCUGUCUUACAUCCGUAUCAAUCGUUUGUUUUUUGAAAAUACAUUAUUCUAUUCUAUUCAUUUCUUUUUUCUACGAGUUUUCUUUAGUAUUACCUGUGAACUGGGUGGUAUUUCAUGUGUGACAGUCUUGUAUAUUAUACAAAGAAGUAUAACAGUAUUUUCUUUCGUAAUUCAAAAUGUCUAAGGCUAAUUGUUCAAAUGUGGCUUCGUUUUAUGCUGGGAAAUCUGUGUUUAUAACUGGUGGUACUGGAUUUGUUGGUAAGACUUUAAUAGAAAAGUUGCUGUACAGCUGCAGCGGGAUUGACAAAAUUUAUGUCCUAGUACGUGAUAAGUAUGGGAAACAGGCGAGUGAACGACUUGCUCGUGUAACUAGCACGCCAGUUUUUGAUAGACUAAAAACAAGUAAAAAUGAGGAGCUGAAAAAGAUUGUGGUCAUCAGUGGUGACAUUACGCGUGAAAAUCUCGGACUACACGAGGACGUUUUAAAAACAUUGGAAAAUGAGGUGUCAGUUGUAUUCCAUUUGGCAGCAACAGUUGCUUUCAAAUUACCAUUGAAAGAUGCAAUGAGAAUCAAUGUAAAUGGGACGGAAAAUGUCAUUGAAUUGUGUCGUCGGAUGAAGAAGUUACAGGCCUUUGUUCACGUUUCGACAGCAUUCACGAACUCAGAUCGAAAGGAAAUAAACGAAAUGGUGUAUCCAAUGCCAAUUAAUUUAGAAGAAGCGAGACAUGUUGCCGAUACGUACUCACAUGACGAUGUGAUUGUUAGUGCAUUUAUGGGAAAGAAGCCUAAUACGUAUACUUUCUCAAAAGCUUUUGCCGAACAACAAGUUAUGAAGCAGUGUGAAGACUUGCCGACUGCCAUUAUCAGACCGUCUAUAGUAAUGUCUUCCAUUAAAGAACCUUGUCCUGGCUGGAUAGACACGUGGAACGGUUCUACUGGACUAUUCGUUGGUAUGCCAGCUGGUAUCUUAAGAGUCGUACUGGGCAGAGGAAGCAAUGUCACAGAUUUAGUACCUGUCGAUAUCGUUACAAAUCUCAUUGUUGUUGCUGCUACUGAAUGUCAGAAGUCAAAAGAAAUUAAAGUAUACAACUGCUGUACUGGAACCUCGAAUCCUAUCACUUGUGAUGAAGCAACUACUAUUAGUAGGAAAGUGGCUCUUAAGUAUUCUUUAAAUGAGUUGCCUUGGCCCUUUCUCAUGUUCACACCGAGCGUGUUCCUAUACACUUUAAUAACGUUUCUUCUACAAAUUGUACCGGCAUACCUGAUUGAUUUAUGGUGUAUAUUAACUGGAAGGAAAGCUACACAAAUAAAACUACAAAGAAGACUAAAGAAAGUGGUAGAUGCUGUUAAAUUCUUCUUAUUAAACGAAUGGAAGUUUUCUGACGACAAUAUAAGAGAUCUCUUAAAAACAAUGUCACCGGUGGACAAAGAAAUAUUUAAUUUCGACGUGAAAACUAUUAAUUGGGAGACGUGCAUCGAAGAUUAUAUUUUAGGGGCCCGAAAAUAUUUAUUGAAAUCUGAAAAAUAAGAUAAAAGGUAUUAAUUUGUUUAUUAUAUUGUAACUAAUUUGAGGCAUGUUUUACUAAUUAGGUUACUUGGUUUACUCACAUAAC